UGUCCUUCUUUCUGUCUUUCUUCUCUUCCAGAUGACUGUGGAUCAACCUCACCAACUGCAAAUAUGACAGCGUGCGGCGAGCUGCUCGGCGAUACGGCCUGAGAGAGGCGGCGGAGGGAGACGACUGGACGCUGUUCUGGACCGACUGCUCCGUGUCUCUGGACCGGGUGAAGGACAUGAAGCGCUACCAGAAGAUCAACCAUUUCCCGGGGAUGAGCGAGAUCUGCCGCAAGGAUUUACUGGCAAGAAACAUGAACCGGAUGCUGAAGCUGUUCCCUAAAGACUACAACAUCUUCCCCCGGACGUGGUGCCUCCCUGCAGACUACAGCGACUUCCAGGCGUACACCAGGGCCAAGAAGAACAAGACGUACAUCUGUAAGCCCGACGCCGGCUGCCAAGGCAAAGGCAUCUUCCUCACCAGGUCCAGCAGAGACAUCCAGCCCGGAGAGCACAUGAUCUGCCAGGUGUACAUCUCCAGGCCUUUCAUUCUGGAUGGAUUCAAGUUCGACCUGCGGAUCUACGUCCUGGUGACCUCCUGUGACCCCUUCAGCAUUUUCAUGUUCCGGGAGGGACUGGCUCGCUUCUGCACCACCAAGUACAGCGAGCCCACACACGGCAACGUGGAGGACGAGUGCAUGCAUCUCACCAACUACUCCAUCAACAAGCACAGCCAGAACUUUGUCCGGGACGAGGACACCGGCAGCAAACGGAAGCUGUCCACGCUGAACAGGCACCUGGAGUCCGUCAGCUGCAACACGGAGAAGCUGUGGAACGACAUCGAGGACGUGAUCAUCAAGACCCUGAUCUCCGCUCACCCCGUCCUCAAGCACAACUACCACACCUGCUUCCCCAACCACACGGCCGGCAGCGCCUGCUUCGAGAUCCUGGGCUUCGACGUGCUGCUGGACCACCGGCUGCGCCCCUGGCUGCUGGAGGUCAACCACUCGCCGAGCUUCACCACCGACUCGCCGCUGGACCGGGAGGUGAAGGACGCGCUGCUGUACGACACGCUGGUGCUGCUCAACCUGGGCGCCUGCGACCGCCGCCGGAUCACCAGGGAGGAGCGGCGGCGGGCGACGGAGCGGCUGCAGCAGAACCGCUCCAGAGAGGCCAGGUCGGAGGAGCUGCGGCAGUGCCAGGAGGCCACGGCGCGGCAGACGGAGCGCUACCAGGACAAACACCUGGGCGGCUUCAGGAGGAUCUACCCCCGGGAGGGGGGCGGCGACCAGUACGACAAGUACUUCAAGCACAGCAGCUCGCUGUUCCAGGAGACGGCCGCCUCCAAGGCCCGGGAGGAGUGCGCCCGGCAGCAGCUGCAGGAGCUGCGUCUGAAGCAGGAGCAGAGGGAGCGGGACCAGCGGGGGGGCCGCAGAAAAGACCUGCAGGGCGAGACGGCGGGGGAGAGGGUCAAACCGCGGCGAGCGGCCCCACAGCAGCCCGCUGCGGCCGCCGAGCCGCUGCAUCUGUCCAAAGUGUCUCCUCGUCCAGAGGAAGCAGAGGUCCGAGGAGAGGACGAGGAGGAGGAGGAGGAGCAGAUCAACGCUCUGCUGCAGAGGAAGAAGCUGCUGCAGGACAUGGGGCUGGUGGAUCACAUCAAGCAGCUGCUACAGACCCAGACCCAGACCCAGACCUGGACCCAGCCCCCGCCCCGGGGAGGGCCCGCCGUGCAGGAGCCCGCCUGCAGCCACCAGCAGGGCCGACUCAGACCACCGCAGCCCAAGCUGGACUCCCCGACUCCUCCGACUCCGUUCGCUCAGAGGAGCCAACAGCCGCAGCAGCAGCAGCCGCUCCGACCCGCCGCCGAGCAGAGGAGCCUCGGCGAGUCCGUCUGGCUGCGGCACGAGUCCGCCGGCGCCGGCGUGCAGGGCGGCGUGCAGGGCGGCGUCCAGCGGAGCGUCUGGUCAGUCAGUGGCUGUCCGGCUGCCAGGCAGGACAUCAGGAGCAGUUCAUACGCGGACGCCCGGUCCCGCCCCGGCGUCCCGGUCUUGAGCGUCCCAGUCCCCGGCUCCGGUCCCGGUCCCGGCCCCGCCCCCCCUCGCUGUGCCAUCCCGCCCCUCCAGGACCCCUCGGCCCUGCAGAGCCUGCUGGUGGUCUCGUCCCGGGCCCCUCUGCUCCGGAGGCCUGGCUUCUCUCACGGCGGGCGGAGCUCCUCCCAGAGGGUCCCCCGGCUGGGCAAGGAGCAGUGAGGGAGCGGUGGAGCGGUGGGGGGUCCCGGGGGUCUGGAGGGGCCUCCCAGCAGGACCCGAGCCGGGUCCAGGUUGGACGGAGCGGAAGGUGGAGGGAAGCUGUUCCCCACUCAGCGCCUCCAGGAGGCUGAUGGACUGAAACCCUCCAGAGUGCCAAACAGUCCAGAAACCCUCCAGUCACAGCUGCUUCUGAUUCCUUUACAGUUCAAACACUGGGAGGCUGAAAUCACCUCAGUUAUAAUCAAGAUUUAUUUACUUUAUCCAGACUUAUCAUCUUUUAGUAUUAUUUUUUAGUUAUUAUUAGCAAAUUUGCU